GUUGACCAUUUCUGCAUCAUGCUCCCCUCAAAAAUAUUCUCGAUCCAAGAAGCCACAGUUGAAGAUAUCAGACUCGCUUUCAAGGAGAAACGUGUGACAUCAAAGGAGCUAGUCGAGUUGUAUCUCGAAGAAAUCUCCAAACUCAAUCCUAUACUCUGCGCAGUCAUUGAGACGAAUCCAGAUGCUUUGAUCCAAGCUGAGAUCGCAGACAGAGAACGUGAUGUGAAAGAUGUGACCACUGAGCUUCCUUUCUUGCACGGUGUUCCUAUUCUGCUCAAGGAUUCCAUAUCCACUAAGGAUGGGCUUAACACCACGGCUGGUUCCUUGGCUCUGCUUGGUUCUGUCGUGCCUCGAGACGCAGGUGUUGUCAAGAGACUUAGAGAGUCUGGUGCUGUGAUCUUAGGCAAAGCGAGCUUAAGCGAAUGGGCUCAUUUUCGGUCUAACAACAUACCUAGUGGUUGGUGUGCACGUGGGCUCCAAGGAAAGAAUCCGUAUGUUUUAACAGCAGAUCCGUGUGGAUCAAGUAGUGGUUCAGCUAUAUCAGUGGCUGCUAAUCUUGUGGCUGUCUCACUUGGGACUGAAACUGAUGGUUCAAUCCUCUGUCCGGCCAGUCAGAACUCGGUGGUUGGGAUUAAACCGACCGUCGGGCUCACGAGCCGAGCUGGGGUGGUUCCUCUCUCCUUGAGACAGGACACUGUAGGGUGAGACUUACUAGUCUUACUACUGUUGAUUUUUGUACCACAAUGCCAAGUUUCAUUUUUUACUGUGUAUUUGCAAUGUUAG